AUGGAGACACAUAAGGCGAUAAACCCGGCCACGCAAGCAGCCACAGCAGCCAAGAACCCCGACGAGAAGGAGGAGGCCCCACCAGCGAGCGAGGUGGGAUGGAUGACCUCGGUGAAGGACUGGGCGGGCGUCAUGAUUUCGGCGCAGACGCUGACGGGCAGAGUGCUGCUCUUCCAUCAUGUCCGACUGGAGUGGAUUCGCCUGGGUCCCAGCGGAGUCAUAGUGCGGGACAAUGAAUUUGAUCUGCGCAGCUUGACGGAUGUUGAGUCCUCACUUAAAAUAUCAGAUAGCGGUUUGGCUGGCACUGGUCUGACCGUGAGCUGGGAUCCAGUUUGUGUGCAGCUCUGUAACUCUGGGUCCUCUGCCAGCGUUAACGAUGCUGCAGAAUCCACGUCCGCAUUCCGUCUCGCACCUCUGUAG